AUGCGCAGCUCUGCGGUGGUCUUGGCCGAUGCCUUCGCCCGCACUGCGUGCCACGAGGGCGCUCAAGUCCUCAGCCUGGUGUGCCUGAGCACGCCCCCCACCUUGCCCCUCUCUCCGGUGGAGGUGAUGCAGUUCACGCAGUGUCUCGGCCUGCUGGGACGGGACUCCUUCCACGACCCCGCGGUGCGCGGUUUUUUGCUGAUGCGGCUCCAGCAGGUGGCGCCGCAGAUGGAUGGCCAAAGUCUGGCCGUGUGCGCCAAAGAGCUUGCGCACGCAGGCCUCUACUCGCCUGACCUCAGCCAUGAGAUCCAGCGCCAACUUGCAGGCAACCCAUGGUCCUUCACCGCCGGGGAUUUGCAGUGUCUUUUGCCGCACUUCAAGACCUGGAAAGUGGCCCAGUUGCAGAAGAGGGCCUUCCACUCGCUGGGCAAUCGCUUUGCAGAGCACGCAGAACUUCUCAGCCCUGAUCAGGCCCUGGAGGUCAUCGAGACCAUUACAAACGUGGGCAACGUCCACGAGGUGGCGCUGCAGACCCUCUUCCUGCGGCUCUUGUUGGAGCGCUCCUUCACAGAUCUCCCGGGCGCUGGCAUUGCGCGGCUUGCAGCAUCCAUGUCCAAGGUGCAGCACUAUCAUACCGGCCUGCUGCGGGAGCUGAUCUUCUACAUUCAGGAGGAGCCCCAAGUGCUGAAGUCCUGGGGCCCCAAAGACCUCUCCGGGUGCCUCCGGAGCUUUGGCCUGGCGCCGGUGCGAGUGCCCCGCGCCAUGCAAGUGAUGCUUGGGUGCCGCUACUCUGCGCUGUUGCCGGAAAUGACCAAUACGGACCUCAAGGACUUGUUCGAAAUCAGCGGUUGGCACCCGGAGCUGCUCCGGAGCGUCGCGCUGCGCGGAACUCGGGCGCUGGAGGCGAAGCUGCGAGCGGCCGCGCCGGAAUGGGGCCCACGCGCCUGUGUGGACGCGGUGCUGGCGCUCGUGUUGGCCGCCGACGUGGGGAAGGCUCCCAUGGCAAACUGCCGCGAUUGCGCCUGCGGCGCAGGCGCCCCCCAGUUAGCGCGGAGCGCUUUCCGUACGGAGCAGCCGGAGUGGCAGCUGCAGGUGGUGCUCCGGGCAGCAAGGAACUUCAAGCAGCGGGGCGGAAGGAAGCAGACGGUAGCACGGCCAGAAGUGCCGCUGCGUGGGCGAAGCUCGCAGCACCUGUUCCUGCCAGAGGAGGCGCCGCCCUUGCAGGUGGGGCCCAGCGCCUGUCAGGCGCAGUGGGCUUUGCCCAUGGGCCGCCGGAGUCGGCAGCCAAAGCCAGAGGUUCGGCUGAUCGCCAUGGUCAGCGAGGCGCUGAUUUGGCUUGGCACUGGCAGCAUGGCGGCAGCGGCCCUGAUCGCCAGGGCCUUUGAGACUCGCAAGUCUGACACCGCUGCUGAUACCCCCUCUGGCGCGUCUCGAAGGGAUAUGGCGCUGAAGGGCUGCGAGAAGCAGAAGAUCCGCGAUUCUAUGGACCUGGAAGCGAGGGGGAGUGGAGCAAGACAGACGGUACCGCUGUCAGCCCUUAGGUUUCUGCAAGUGCCGUCGGACACGAGGGGGGGCGCUACUGAUGCUGAGGUGCGGUUGCUUCACUUCGAGUUCCUGCGACUGCACUUCAUUCGACGGACGCGGGAAUUACUCCUGCGCGGGAGGAUCGCUUCGAGGGUGCUUCGUCUGCGAGCCGUUUCAUAUCUGCUGCAGACGCGCUCCAAUUCCAGCACGCAUGGGGCAGCGACCUUGAACGAUCUGCGCUAA